AAAGCAAAAAAAAAAACAGUUUGCGUUUAUUGGUGAAAGAAAAGGAAAAAAAAAUUGAGUUUAGUUUAGUUUCACUUUCCUCCAAACAACGCACAAAAUCGCAAUGGCUAGAGACAGUUGCCUCGCUCGUGUCACAGCCGGUGCUGCCGUAGGCGGCGCUGUUGGCGGUGCCGUCGGUGCUGUGUAUGGAACAUAUGAGGCUAUUAGAUAUAAGGUACCCGGACUUUUGAAAAUUAGGCAUAUUGGACAAACUACACUUGGAAGUGCUGCUAUAUUUGGUCUUUUCUUGGGUGCCGGAAGUUUGAUACAUUGUGGGAAGUCAUACUGAGCACACAAAAGAUUUUAUCUACCUACCUGCAGAGGUUUGCUUGCUGCCCUUGUAAAGUAUGAGUAGAGAAAGAAUUCACUUAUUUAUUUUCUUAAUUUUUUUUUUUUUUUUUGGAUCUUGUAAAAUGUUUGAUGGCAGUAGCUGCAAUACUGCUUAUUUUGUAUGAAAAUUUUGAUUUAUUUAUCUCUCUGGACAGUACUGUUGAAAUAUCUUUGUAAGGGCUUUCAUUUUCCUUUUGAUUCA